AUGUCGACAAACAAAGAACGUAUAUUUGUUGUUGGAGCAACUGGGGAUAUUGGAAGUGGUGUUGUUCGUGGUCUUAUUAAAAAUAGAAUUGAUACAACCGCUUAUGUUCGAGAUGAAGCAAAAGCAAAAGAUUUAUUUAAGAAUGAACUUCUUACUGGACAUUUAUCACUUGUUAUUGGUACCUAUUCAUCUAAUGAAAUAUAUGCAAAGGCAGUUGAAGGACAUACUCGUCUUUUUCUUCUUGUCAUUGUUGAUCCAAAGAGACCAACGUCAAUGAGCGAUGUGAAAGGUACAUUUGGUAAACUUGCUUAUGAAAAAGGUGUUCGUCAAAUUGUUGAUCUCUCUUCAUUUACUGUUCGUUCAGCGGGUAAGCAAGGUAUAAUUGGCUAUUUACAUACAACAAGUGAAGAAAAAUUAUGGACACUUGCUGAUGAAAAAUCAGAUACACGUUCACUUGUUGUUUUACGUCCAGGUGCAUUUAUGAGUAAUCAAUUUAUAUACGAUGUUCAACCUGUUAAACAUUUAAAUAAACUUAUAUCAUCUGAAUCUCUUUCAGCGUUAACUACAUGGAUUGAUACAAAAGAUAUUUCCGAUUGUGCUGUCGUCGUUUUAACUGAACCUAUUGAGAAACAUGAUCGUUGUGUUUACGAAAUGGGUGGUGAAUCUGUCUCCAAUGAACAACGAGCAACUAUUUUUAGUAAAGUUCUUGGUAAAGCUAUUACUUAUGAACAACAAUCAGUAGAAACUCUGUAUAAAAUGUUAAUUAGUCAUGGAGCAUCUCAUGCAUUUGCUUACGAUAUAGUUUCACUUACUUCUGAAAAUAUUGUUGCAAAUCCAACACCACAAUUAUCUAUUCUGAUCAACAGACCAUUACAUACACUUGAAGAAUGGUUACAAGAAAAUGUUAAAGCAUUUCAAUAA